UUCAAUUUUCAUUUAAACAAAUCGAUCGUAAUUUUCUAGUUUAAUGAAGCACAAACAAACUGAAAUAACUCCUUUUUAUCGCCGCCACAACGUAAUCGAACGUGUUAACGUUAAAACGUAAAAUGAACGGGGUAAUAUUCAAAAAAUUACUAAUAAUUUCGACUUGGAAGCUCCAAAAAAUCUUUACAACGAUCAUUCUAACAACGAACAUCAUCAACAUUUACCUAAAACGAAAUUCUAUUAAAAAAUUAAUAAACAAAUUUAAAAGAUUCGACGAAAAAAUCCGAGAUUUAAACCAAAUUGAGGAAAAAAAAAAGUUUUUUGGUAUCAUUUUGGCCCAUAUUUUUUGGUACGUACCGAAAUUAAUCGUUUCUUUCUCAAUUUUGAUGCCCCCAAUGUUAGUAAUCGAGGUGGUUUUAUCGAUUUUGUUAAUAAAAUUGAAGUUGCGGUACCAAUUAAUUAAUAAAUUGUAUUACAACGUUUUAAAAGAUCGCAAUAAAGAGUUAGUUUUGAUUAAAAUACCUCAAUUGCAUUUAGAUUUACACAAAAUCGCUGAUUUAAUUAAUGGAAUUUAUAAAACCCCACUUUUAAUUUGGACGGGGUUCUCAAUAAUUGGAACGAUUAUAACUUCAUUGAAUUUGUUAACUUUAAGAAAUGAUUUUAAUGUUAAAACGGUUGUUUAUUUUGGGUAUUAUACGAUUUCGAGCAUCGCAGAGUUAUUUUUUGGGUUUUAUCGGUUCAUUUCUGUUGAGGACGAGGCUAAGAAGAUUGGGAGUGUUUUAUUAAGCUCCGAAACGAAUUGGAUUAAUCGUUAUUUAAUGAACUUGACGCUUAAUCAAUUUGAAUUUUGCAACGUUAACUUUCUUCUUGGAGAUUCCCCGAUUAAAUGGACCACAACUUUUGGUAUUUUAACCAACAUUUGUACUUACGUGGUUAUUCUAAUACAAUUUAAUGGGAUGUAAUUAAAAAAAAAAUUUGAAGUGGAGUUUCUAAACAUGCAAAUAAAUCUUUUUUUUUCAAAAAUAUUUAUUGGGUUGGUGUUGGAAUGAGUGGAAUCUGAGGUGUAAUAGUAGUAGUGGUGGUCGCCCGAGGAGGAUCCGGGUUUAACUGGCGCCAAGACGACACCGACGACGACGACCGUUGUUUCGAGACUAUUUCGUGAAUUUCGGGCGUCAGGAAUCCCAAUCUGCGGAAUUUUCUAUUUAACAAUACGCCCAAAUCUGUUUUUAUACGCAAGAAUCGACGUCAGAGAUUCCCCGCUUUAAUAAAAUAAUAAUAAAUUCAUUUUAAACGGUUCUAUUUAGAUAAAAAUAUUUGGAGAUCGCGAGAAAAACAUCGUCUUUGUAAACAAACUCAAUUUUUUUAAGGACUUUCUAAAGGUUUGACAUUAAAAAAGU